AUGUCGUUCAUCAAGACAAUAUUUCCCGCUACAAAACGGCGAAAGACGGACUCGAAUAUGUUCGUACAGCCGCAACCUCCUGGCGAACGAAAUGGACAACAACCAAGAGCAGCAGCAGGAGGAGUGGGACCACCGACCCCUCGAGACUCAGUCACUUCCGUUGUGACAAAAAGUCCCGUAUUCGAGUCAUUUUGUACCACUCGUGAACGGGAGCUUCGUCCUGACAUGCUUCGAAUGGUACUUAUCGAAGCUGAACAACGUGUCCUAUUCGAUACAGCUUCCGUAGUACCAAUUGGUUGUAGAAUUCUUCCACCAAAUGCUCAACUUUCAGCUUGUAAAAAAUUUCAGCUUCUCAAACGUCGCCGUGAUAUAUCGACGAUAUCACAAAUGCUUUUUGGCGCUAUGCCAACGGCGAUGGGCAGCGAUUCGUUCAAGAUUCAUACCAUAACUGAAGAUCAACGAUUGCUUAUUAGCCGCGUGUUUGCUAUCCCACGAAUUAGCUCAAGAGAGAUGCGGGCAAAUGCCGAGUCACUGGAAUCGUCGGACUCGGAAUCCCAGUCUCAAUACAUUACGAUUCGUUCGAUGGACAGUAUGAACGGUAUAAAUCACAGUAAACCCGGAUGUAUCUCGUCCACUGCACCACCGGAAGCAUUCAAACGCGUACGUAAUACCAGCCUGCAUUUGGACGAUGAUGCGGACGAGAUUCGUCCGUUUUCUCCACCAACUGCAGCGAGAUUGUCUCGUGACCGCCGUCUGCAGAUGUCACACAAGACGAGUUUGUGUGAGCAAUGUAUGUUUUUUGUUCUUCGGCAUCGAGCCAAAGGGUAUUUGUCUGAGACUUAG